CAUUUUGGAGGGAGGCUGAGGAGAAUCCUCGCUCGGAGCGGAGAGGCCGAAGGAGGGAAGAAGGAAGGAAGGAAGGAAGAAGGAAGGAAGGAAGAAGGAGGUAAAUGAGGAUUCUGUGGAGCCACGUCUUGGGUGCUGUAAGGAAAGAAAUAAUAUAGGAAGAAGAAAUCCUCCCAAGGUGAAGAUCUUGCUGAAUUCCUGACCUGACUUACAGAUAAGAAAGGAGAAAAGAGUCAAGAAUCUGUAUUCUAAUUCAACACCUGUUGACAUGAAGGAGGAGGCAUCAGAAUACCUGGAGUGUGGAAAGAGCUUUGCACAGAGUGGAGAUCUAUGUUCAAAUCAAAAGACUCACACUGGAGAGAAACCCUAUACAUGCCUGGAGUGCGGAAAGAGCUUUGCUCAGAGUGCAUAUCUAUGUUCACAUCAAAGGAUUCACACUGGGGAGAAACCCUAUACAUGCCUGGAGUGUGGACAGAGCUUCACUCGGAGUUCAAGUCUAUGUUCACAUCAAAGGACUCACACUGGGGAAAAACCAUUUAAAUGCCUAGAGUGUGGACAGAGCUUCACUGAGAGUGGAAGUCUACGAACACAUCAAAGGACUCACACUGGGGAGAAACCCUAUACAUGCCUGGAGUGUGGAAAGAGCUUCACUGAGCGUUCAAGUCUUCGUUUACAUCAAAGGACUCACACUGGGGAGAAACCCUAUGCAUGCCUGGAGUGUGGAAAGAGCUUUGCUCAGAAAGGACAUCUAGAUUCACAUCAACGGACUCACACUGGGGAGAAACCCUAUACAUGCCAAGAGUGUGGAAUGAGCUUCGCUCAGAGUUCAAAUCUACAUUCACAUCAACGGACUCACACAGGGGAGAAACCCUGUAAAUGCCUGGUGUGUGGACAGAGCUUUACUAAGAAUUCAAGUCUACGUUUGCAUGAAAUGACUCACACUGGGGAGAAACCCUAUACAUGCCAGGAGUGCGGACAGAGCUUUACUAAGAAUUCAAGUCUACGUUUGCAUGAAAUGACUCACACUGGGGAGAAACCCUAUACAUGCCAGGAGUGUGGUCAGAGCUUUACUAAGCAUUCAAGUCUACGUUUGCAUCAAAUGACUCACACUGGGGAGAAACCCUAUACAUGCCAAGAGUGUGGAAAGAGCUUUACUCAGAGUUCAAAUCUAUAUUCACAUCAACGGACUCACACAGGGGAGAAACCCUGUAAAUGCCUGGUGUGUGGACAGAGCUUUACUAAGAAUUCAAGUCUACAUUUGCAUGAAAUGAUUCACACUGGGGAGAAACCCUAUACAUGCCAGGAGUGUGGACAGAGCUUUACUACGAAUUCAAGUCUACGUUUGCAUCAAAUGACUCACACUGGGGAGAAACCCUAUACAUGCCAGGAGUGUGGAAAGAGCUUUACUAAGAAUUCAAGUCUACGUUUGCAUCAACGGACUCAUACUGGGGAGAAACCCUAUACAUGCCAGGAGUGUGGAAGGAGCUUCACUGAGAGUUCUAAACUACGUUCACAUCAAUGGACUCACACAGGGGAGAAACCCUAUACAUGCUUGGAGUGUGGAAUGAGUUUUGCUCAUAGUUCAGGUUUGUGUAGACAUCAAAGGAUUCACACUGGGAAGAAACCCUAUACAUGUCUGGAGUGUGGAAAGAGCUUCACUCGGAGUUCAGCUGUACGUUUACAUCAGCGGACUCACACUGGAGAGAAACCAUAUACAUGCCUGGAGUGUGGACAAAGCUUCACUCAGAGUUCAGGUCUACGUUUACAUAAAAGGACUCAUACUGGAGAGAAACCCUAUACAUGCCAGGAGUGUGGAAGGAGCUUCACUGAGAGUUCUAAACUACGUUCACAUCAAUGGACUCACACAGGAGAGAAACCCUAUACGUGCCUGGAGUGUGGACAAGGCUUCACUAAGAGUUCACGUCUACGUUCACAUCAAAGGACUCACACUGGGGAGAAACCUUAUACGUGCCUGGAGUGUGGACAGAGCUUUACUAAUAGUUCAAGUCUACGUUUACAUCAAAGGACUCACACUGGAGAGAAACCCUAUACAUGCCUGGAGUGUGGAAUGAGUUUUACCCAUAGUUCAGGUUUGUGUAGACAUCGAAGGACUCACACUGGGGAGAAACCCUAUACAUGCCCGGAGUGUGGAAAGAGCUUCACUCGGAGUGCAGCUCUACGUUUACAUCAAAGGACUCACACUGGGGAGAAACCCUAUACAUGCCUGGAGUGUGGAAGGAACUUCACUCAGAGUGGAAAACUACGUUUGCAUCAACGGACUCACACUGGGGAGAAACCCUAUACGUGCCUGGAGUGUGGACAAAGCUUCACUCAGAGUUCAGGUCUACGUUUACAUCAAAGGACUCACACUGGAGAGAAACCCUAUGCAUGUCUCGAGGGUGGACAGAGCUUCACUGAGAGUGGAAGUCUUAUGUUCACAUCAAAGAACUCACACCAUGGAGAAACCUUAUGAACGCAUGCCGUGCGACUAGAAUCUCUCUGAGAAUUGAAAUCAAAGAGACAUAGAGUACAGAUCAGAGGGAACAGUGAUAUUUGACCCCAUAGGGCUCUCCAAAACAGAGCUUUUCAGACUUUUCCGUGUUGGUGAUUCACUUCUUAGACAUGCAUCCUUUCACGACACUGCAUUUCAUUUGAACUAGCAAAACAGAUUUCCCAUUUCAUCAGGAAAAAUGAUAGCGUGUUUCUCCAGGAGACUUGGGAGAGGGGCCUACUGGAGGUGGAUGGGCUUUAGGGCAAAUGCUGUGCCUAGUUCUGGAGGAGGUAGAGCCAGAGAAGGCCUUGGGAUCCUUGGGGUCUCCAUCAAGCUUCGUAGGAGCCCCCGUGGAUUAAAGCCUCGUGACUUGAAGGUUGGGUUGCUGCCGUGAAGGCUGCCAGGUUCGAAUCCCACCCGGGGAGAGCGCAGAUGAGCUCCCUCUAUCAGCUCCAGCUCCAUGUGGGGACAUGAGAGAAGCCUCCCACAAGGAUGGUAAAAACAUCAAAACAUCCGGGCGUCCCCUGGGCACCAUCCUUGCAGACGGCCAAUUCUCUCACCCCAGAAGCAACUCAGGUUGUUCCUGACACGAAGAACCCCCCCCCCCAAAAAAAAACCAAGCUUUGUGCCUCACGUGUUAAUUUUACCCCUUAGUUAACAUUGCAGCCUUAGUGGUUAUUACAUUUCAAGCUCUUGCUUUAUUAUUAUUAUUUUCUGAUCUCUACUUAAACAAAGAAUACAUAAUAAUGAUAGCUGGAUAGAAUUGCAAAAUUUUGUCAGUAAACUGACAUUUUUCCGUCUCAAUUCCUCUAUAAUACUGGCAGGAGAUUUUGAUGCCAGAAUUGGUCCAAAUGAUGAAGCUCUUUCUGGCCAUUUCAAUGAGCAGCGGCCCACCCCGUUCCUGAUAUGCAAUCUAAAGGUCUUCUCUGCACUUAUUGUGGGCUUUGUGUUCUACGAAUGAUCAAUAGCCUAGAUAUAGUACUAUUGAAUGUUGGCAUGAAUGAGGAUCUGGAGAGUAGAGCUUCAACGAUUAUUUUAUUAUUUCUUAUGAGUUAUUAAAUGCGGUUUAUAGUUUUGAAGUGGGUACAUGUGCAGAGUGACCACCACCUCCCUUCAAUUGUAUCUGUAGCCUUUCAGAGUCAGGAUGUCCAUGCAGAUUGUGAACUGUUGUUGCUCUCAGAAGCAUAGAUCAUUGAGUGUGAUGGGCAGCUAAUGUAGAUGCUGCAACUACACUGUUACACUCAGGUAAUUGUUUUAGAAUACAGGAGUCUCUUCUGACAACAAAGGUCCUGAAUUUAAAUCAGGAAUUAAUUAGUCACGCAAGGGUGUUUGGUCUGUAAUAAUCCUACAAAUCAGAAUGCGGCUGCUUUUAGAUGUAAAUCUUGGUGUGACCAGGAAUGCCUGGACUAGUCCGUAUGUUCUAAGGACAUCUGAGCCUUGGAAUAUGCAGGACAUCCUCCACACGCCUCCAGAACGGCCCCCUUUCUCCACCCCAGAAAUCAAUACUCUGAUGUAUAAACCUAAGGUGGGCCAAGCACCCGGGGGUGGCAGUGUUCCUCCUGAGAUGCCGAUAGAUAAUGAGAAUGGGUGGGCCCCAGUCCUGGCUGCAUUAUUCACGUGCAUAGAUCAGUUUGCAUGUAGACCAGAAGAUUGGGAGCUGGCUACCAUCAUUCCAGUAUGCAAGGAAGGGAGAAGAUCAGGCCCUGAAAACCAGAGAGCAAUUAGCUCUCCAAGUGUAAUCAGCACCCUGUACGCUCAUCAUCUCCUUGGAAAAACUCCAUCUGAAUGGAAGAGGAAAACCUUCUGGAAGACCAUUAGGCAGGUUUUAGACUGAGAUGCUCUACUGGAGUUCAUGGUAUAGUUUUACCCCAUAUUAUGGAUAAAUAUUCCUGUAGGAUCAAGGGAGCCCGUUAUACAGCCUUCAUUGACUUUGAGUCUGCCUUUGAUAGGAUUCCUCCAGACGAGGUUGUGGCCGAAAUUGGAGAUAAGCAAUAUUGACAGGCGCCUGUUGAUGUUAAUCCAUAGCCUUUAUGCGGAGACAUGUUUGAAAGUGAGAUGGAAGAGGGUAGGCCCCUUGACCCAAUCAUCCCAGCACAUGCAGGCUCGAAGUCCAAGUGGUGUGCUACCACCUUCUUUGCUCAAUAUUUACCUCAAUUCUUUGGCCAGGAGUCUCUCUGGCUCAAUGUUACGUCCUCCUAACCUGGCAGGUAGACCUCUGUCAACCCUCCUUCAUGCAGAUGAUGUGGUGCUUCUCCCUUUAACUUGCAUUGUUACUAGGAAACAAAGUCUACAUAAGUGGCAAAUAAAUGAGCAUCCACUUGAGCAGCUGAAAUCUUAGAAAUCUGGAAAUCUGACUCUACUAAUGCCACUGCAAAUGCCUGGAGAAGAAUCAAGUGACUUACAUCCUUUUUUGUUAAAGGAGGACAACGUGUUCCGUCAGCUAAACACGUCUUCAAUGCUAAGGCACUGUCACAGAUGCAACGUGGUAGUGUGCAUUGUGUAUAAUGCAUAAUGGUGGUAUAAUUGUGCUGCUGUGGAAUCCACACAGAUGAAUGUUUGCAGAUCUCUCCUUGGCCUUCCUAGUUGUGUGCCAAAUGCACCUUUACAACUGGAAACAGGACAAAUGUUAAUUGAGCCCCGGGCAUGGACCCUGAAAUUCAAUUUUUGGUUCAAAAUGUUUACCCCUCUGGGAUCAGCUCCCUUGGUGUAAACUGACGGGUUCUUUAUAUAUAUAUUAUUUGGGUUUUAUAAGUAGGUAA